UAGACCCUUCCUUCAAUUCCAACACAACAUCACCCCUACUUCCCUUGUUUCUAGACCUUUCUUUCCACGCCACACUCCCCGAUUUUUAAAGGCUUCAACCCCCUCCCUAUCGAGUCACAUUGAUUCCUCCACUCUCACUCAAUCACACUCACUCCCACGCGCACAAACCAAAAUCGACACCGUCGUCGGCGUCGGCGUUCAAUGGCGAAAUACGGCGAGGGCGACAAACGGUGGAUCGUGGAGGAAAGAACCGACGGCACCAACGUCCACAACUGGCACUGGUCCGAAACCAACUGUCUCGAAUGGUCCAGAACCUUCUUCACCAACCUCCUCUCCGGCCUCACCAUCCUCAACGGCGAAGGCAACCUCUUCAUCAGAACGACGUCGCUCCGCACCCUCGACGGCGAGGCCUACGUCAACAUUCGCAAAGGGAAGAUCAUCCCCGGUUACGAGAUCAGCGUCACGGUUUCCUGGGAAGGUGAGGCCAAGGAUUCCGAUGGUAAAUCGCUGCUCAAGGUUACCGGCGGCGUUGAGAUUCCUUAUAUCUCCGACGAGAACGCCGAUGAGGAUCCUGAAGUUAGGGUUACGGUUAACGAUGAGGGGCCAAUUGGGAGGAGGAUCAAGGAGGCUAUGGUUUUGAAGGGGAAGCCGUUGGUUGUGGAGAAGGUGAAGAGUUGGGUGCAGAGUAUGGCGAAAGGGGGUCCUGUUAAGGAGGAGCUGGAGACGAAGAAGGUGUCGCCGCCGCAGCAGAAUCAGAAUCAGAAGCCGGCGACGGAGGGUUCUGCUGCGCCGACGAAGGAGGUGAAGAAGGGGGUGAAGAGUAUUAGAUUGACGGAGAGGUUCAAUUGCAGGGCGAGGGAUUUGUAUGAGAUUUUGAUGGAUGAGAAUAGAUGGAAGGGUUUCACGCAGAGCAAUGCGAGGAUUAAUAAGGAGGUUGGUGGGGAUUUCAGCAUUUUUGAUGGGUCGGUGACAGGGACUAAUUUGGAGUUGAAGGAAGCGAAGUUGAUUGUGCAGAGAUGGAGAUUUGGGAGCUGGAAUGAUGGGGUUGUUUCCACGGUGAGGCUUGUGUUUGAGGAACCUGAACCUGGUGUUACUGUUGUUAAGCUGACACAUAGUGAUGUUCCUGAAGAAGAUAGGUAUGGGAAUGCCACUGUAGUGGAGAACACGGAAAGGGGGUGGAAGGAUCUCAUUUUCCAAAGGAUACGUGCAGUUUUUGGUUUUGGAAUUUGAUAUUUAUCAUGUAAUUGUUUUGUGGAUUUGGAUAUUUAUAUGGAAACAAAGAUUAAUAGAUUGACUUUGGAUGUUGUGAACUGAAA